AUGGAACCGAUGCAAACUUUCGCCAAUGAUGAGAAGACCAGGGAUUACCUAGCGCAGCAUGUUGAGAAGCCAGUGUCUCCAGUGCGGUAUGCUGCAGUCAAAGCGCUGAUUCUCUACUGGGAGAAUUCGGAUAAGCCGAGCGAAUAUCAUGAAGAAGCGAGGAACGUCGAAUGCUUCUUCAGAAAAAUGAAGUACGAGACAGAGCUGUACCCCAUCCCGGACAUCGGCAGUCAGUUAGCAGUGAACGCAUUUAUCGCCAAGCAUGCGCACCAGCUUUCACUCGCAAACGGUAUAAGCAGUCUCGGUGCUCCCUGUCUGCUGAUAGUUCACUAUGGUGGCCAUGGCGACAAGAAUGACGACCGCCACUUCACCGGGCCUGGAGGACCUCAAAAGCGACGGGCUGUAUGGCGAGCUCAACGCACAGGUGGGCCUCACGUCAGAUGGUACGAGGUACAAAAGCUUUUCCGUGAUAUCCCGUUCGAUGUUCUUCUUCUGUUUGACUGCUGUUAUGCCGCGCAAACAGGAAGAAGUGCAGGCCAGGAUACGCCCGGUGAGCCACCUGGUCGUGUGGAGUUACUUGCGGCUGCAGGUGAUAGGGUCGAAACACCACAGCCGGGAGAUGGCUCCUUUACCACGAUCAUGAUCAAGACCAUGGAAAAGCUUAUCGAAAAAGACCACAAGAUCGACAUACUUGAGCUUCAUACAAGACUUGUCCGUCGGGACGCGAAGUUAUAUACCACCCCCUUCCAUGUACAGAUCCGUGCUGGUCCUACAAAUCGCAGUGUCAUACUUGAGCAGCUCAAAUCACCAGGGGAGUAUCAAGAUAGUGCAGUUGCUUGGAAGGCAGCUGUAAGGAUCACAAUCGGCAUGCGGGAACCUUUGAACGACGCUGUAAUGGAUGAGAUCGGUAGGUGGCUACACGCAGACGCACCAGGAGCAUUUGUCGCGGGGCUCAAAGUGGAAAGUGUUUUACAACAAACUGCCAGCAUCAGCAACUUCAUCCAAGAUUCGCUCCCGAACAGGUCUAGUGCUAUCGCGCAAUCGCUGGAUGUCCCGAUAUUGCAACAGAUCGGAGAGGCUUGGGGCGAGCUCCACCAUCUUGUAUCCCGCUACAAGUCACGACAAAGUGUGCCAGGCUUCGCAGAACAGAAAGAGCACAUGGAAAAACUGGCGAAUGACUUUGUCAAAAGAUUGAACGCCGGCAAUACAGAAGUCAUUGAACUCUUAGAGAAGGCGAUUAUGAUGUCUGGAGCGUCUUCAACCACCAGCCAGAUUAACAAAACACUCGAAGACCCAGCAUCGGAGUCACUUGGAAUCUCAAGUCAAUUGGUUCUCCGACGAAUCAUCUGUCGUCAGCAAUCACCCAACCACAAGGCAAACGUCACUGCAACUAGGUCCACCGUAUCUAUGUAUCCUGAUCGACUGUUGGAGGAAUAUAAGAUAUACGACGAACACCGAAGUCCUCAAGAGAUCAAGGAUAUGAGAGCACGCAUAGGACAUCUCGCAGAGGUCUUAGAAUCCCAGAAGCCUCAGUCGUUUCGCUGUCUCCAACUAUACGAGUGGAAGCACGAACAACACAAACGUCACUUCGUGUAUCACUUUCGUAUCCCUGACAAUUGCAGUAAUCAGUACAAAACUCUGUAUGAAGUGAUUACUAAACUGAGGCGCCAUUCGCGACCUACACUCGAAGAACGGCUGACUAUGGCCUCCUCCAUCGCAAAAGCAGUCGAGCAAUGGCACCGAGUCGAUUGGGUACAUCAGUCCAUCUCGUCUCACAACAUCAUCUUCCUCCAAUCUCUCUCGGGAGGCUCAGACGCAAGAUUACAGUUCCACGCCCCUUUGCUGCAUGGGUUCGAUUUCGCGCGACCAAAUGCGAAGCCUUCGAUCGGACGCUACGUGGAAGAUAUUAAGCAUGACAUAUAUCGGCAUCCGGAUAGGCAAGGAGAGGUGCGAGAUGGCCACAAGAAAGAGCAUGAUCUGUACUCUCUAGGUGUUGUGCUACUAGAGAUUGGGCUCUGGCGAUCUACCCAAGAUCUAGUUGAGGAUCGCGCCAAAACCCCACAGAAGCCGCCAAAGCCUCCAAAAUUGAAAAGCGAAGCUGUCCAAGUUGCAAAAAAAGACAUGGUGAAGUGGUUAGCAGACGCAGCUCAAGAUAGCCUGGCUCAUUACGUUGGCUCAGAGUACCGAGAUGCAGUACAGACUUGUCUCACAUCAGAAUUCGGCGUGACGCAAGAUGAUGAAAGGAAAAGCAGGCUUCUUGAUGCGAUGAACAAGAUGGUCUUACAGAAGCUUAAACGACAGCCAGUCGCGUAG